AUGGUGUACGAUGUAUGUAUAGUUGGGACUGGGCUGUGGGGCUCUGCAGCAGCUCGACAUGCCACCAAAUCUGGCCGUAAAGUUUGUCUCAUUGGACCAAGGGAACCAACAGAAAAGGAGCGUCCAUCUCGUGAUAUUUUCAGUUCUCACUAUGACGCCGGACGCAAUGUACGCAAAUACCAAGGCACCGAUCACAUUCGCUCUCUAUUAACAAUGCGUACUCUUGAAAGCCUCAAGAACCUUGAACAGAUCACAGGAAUGAAACUAUUCAGUGACGUUGGUCAUCUGUUUUACGGCAAGUACGUCAAUGGCCAACUGACAGCAAUUGCCAAGGAAGGAGGGCGUUUCCUCUCUGCAUCUGAAGUGCAAGACCUAUAUCCAUUUCUAGACACAAGCAAAUAUGGCGACCAAGCUUUCUUGUUCCCACAAGACGCCGGUUACGUCAACCCCCGCCUUGUUGUGGCUGCCCAACAGAAAGUUGCAAAAGAACAAGGUUGCGAUAUCAUCGAUGACGUAGUAGAGUCAGUUGAAGAGGAGAGCUACCAGACUGACAAGGAGGCAGUGAUGAAGAUCAUCACGAAGUCAGGGAACAUUUUUUGGUCGAAAAGGGUGCUGUUAUGUUGCGGUGCGUUUACGCAACUGAAAGAUCUCCUGCCACGUGAUUUAGAGCUGGAUCUUAAAGUAGACGGGACAUUUGUUGUGAAACUUGAAUUGGGAGAGGAAGAUGUAGCGAGGCUUAGCACAAUGCCUACCGGAACAUCGAUCACUGAUCCAGAAUUAAAUUGUUACUUUCUGCCUCCAAUUAAAUAUCCAGAUGGGAAGACCUACAUGAAGAUAGGACCAGGUUACUUUUACCAAACUAGACUCACGACUCUCGAGGAUGUGAAACGAUGGUAUCUAUCGGCGCCUAACCAGGAGUACGUGGACAAACUCAAGGACAUCUUUUUAAGUAUUGUAGAAGAUGACUGA